GCCUGUUUCGGGCGUUUGUAGGGUGUUUGGUGCGGUCACGGUGCAGACGAGCAGUAUUUGACGGAGCAGGUUCCACCUUGAGUCAUUCCACCGCGGCCAUUGACUACCGCCGUGGAGCCCGUGUCCACGCCUUGGGAGUGUUCAGAUUUUGUCUAAUUCAGAGUUUCUUUAUGAGGAGAGAGGCAUUCAGUUUGCAGAUGAGGAGGUUCAAAAGUAUGAGGAGUGGGGAGAGUCGAUAGGAGCAAAGGCUUUGGCAGGGUAAAGGGGCUUGGUUUAGCUUUACGGGAUUAGGGCAGAUAGAUAUCUAGCAUUAUGUGUUAUUUUGUUCUUGCUGUUCUGUGCACCUGAACCUUUCUCUGUGGGUUCGCAAAUUAUCUUCAGCUCAGUCUUUCUGACUCUAAACCUUGUUUUUAGGUUUCCCUCCUCAGAGGAAACUGGGUGGAGCAGAUAUCCUCUGCUUGGUUUUCUUCUGUCCUUUUCACACUAAGACCUAGCACACAUAAUGCUUGUGUUAAAAACUCAGUCUCUAUUUAAAAACAUAUGCAUGGUGCAUUGCUGACUCUGGGCAUGUCUAUUGUUUGUAUCUGUAAUGUGUAUGUCCUUUUCAGUGUUGUCUGUUUUAGUGUGCAGGUGAUAGACUAGAGAACAAGACCUCUGUCUCCGUAGCAUCCUGGAGCAGUCUGAAUGCCAGAAUGGAUAACCGUUUUGCUACAGCAUUUGUAAUUGCCUGUGUGCUUAGCCUCAUUUCCACCAUAUACAUGGCAGCCUCGAUUGGCACAGACUUCUGGUAUGAAUAUCGAAGUCCAGUUCAAGAAAAUUCCAGUGAUUUGAACAAAAACAUGUGGAGCAACUUCAUUAGUGAUGAGGCAGAUGAAAAGACUUAUAAUGAUGCACUUUUUCGAUAUAAUGGCACAUUGGGAUUGUGGAGACGGUGUAUUACGAUACCCCAAAACAUAUAUCGGAAUAACCAAGAAAGGACAGAAUCAUUUGAUGUGGUCACAAAAUGCAUGAGUUUCACGCUAAAUGAGCAGUUUAUGGCGAAAUUUGUUGAUCCUGGAAACCACGACACUGGGAUUGAUCUGCUUCGGACCUAUCUUUGGCGUUGCCAGUUUCUUUUACCUUUUGUUAGCCUAGGUUUAAUGUGCUUUGGGGCUUUGAUUGGACUUUGUGCCUGUAUCUGUCGAAGCUUGUAUCCCACCAUCGCCACAGGCAUUCUCCAUCUCCUUGCAGGUCUUUGCACACUGGGCUCCGUGAGUUGUUACGUUGCUGGAAUUGAACUACUCCACCAGAAACUAAAGCUGCCUGAGAAUGUGUCUGGUGAAUUUGGAUGGUCCUUCUGCCUGGCUUGUGUCUCAGCUCCCUUACAGUUCAUGGCUUCCGCUCUCUUCAUCUGGGCAGCUCAUACCAACCGGAAAGAGUACACCUUGAUGAAGGCAUAUCGUGUGGCAUGAAUGGGAAGCUAGCUGCUAAUACAAUUGCCAUUUUUAUUAUUUUU